AUGACAAUCCGAAAGAGUCUACUCCUGCCACUUUAUCAUGUUAUCUACCUAUUGUUGCUUGUAUUCCAUGUCACCGGCCAGCCGCAGCCUGGAACCGUUGGUCCAUAUGGUCACCAAUUAAGACCAAGCCAAGUGCCAGUGGUAAUCAUUGGGAUGCUAAUAUUUACGCUCUUAUUCAGCAUGGUCGCUUGCUGCGUUUGCUAUAAAUACAGAAGCACAUCUCCGCCUAGAACAAACUCUGUUACCGAUGAAGGUCGUGGAGGAGGAGUAGCGUGGACAAGGAGGACAAGCCGUGGGCUUGAAAAAGAUGUCAUAAUGUCGUUCCCUUCCUUUCUUUACUCAGAAGUUAAAGAGUUAAAGAUAGGCAAAGGUGGUGUGGAAUGUGCUAUCUGCCUUAACGAGUUUGAUGAUGGGGAAGCGCUGCGUUUGAUGCCUUCUUGCAGUCAUGCAUUUCAUGCUGAUUGCAUCGAUGUCUGGCUCUCUUCUCGCUCCACGUGUCCCGUCUGCCGCGAUAAUCUAGCUCCCAAACCGGGCAAUACUCAAAACAUUAUUUAUCAAUUUAUACAACCACGUACCAAUCAAGAUAUGGAUGUUGAAAUGGCAAACGCACGAAGAAGUGCAUUAGAAUCUCCAGAUGUACGUUUGUUAGAUGGGCUGACAAGGAGCAAUAACAACAGAGCAAACAGACUGCCUCGAUCGAUGUCUACAGGGUCAUCACACUGGCAAAUAAUAGACAUAUUAUUCCCAAGAUCUCACUCGACGGGGCAUUCUCUUAUUCCAUUAGGAGAGAAUCUAGACAGAUUUACACUGCAGUUACCAGGGGAACUAAGGAGAAAGUUGAGCCAGAGGACGUUACCACAAGCCAGAAGUUUAAGGCAAGGCUAUAGGAGUGGCAGCGUUGAGAGCCAGAGGAGAGGUAUUCCUCAUGGACGGGGAUACAAUCAUAGCACCACCUCUCUUUCUUUUUCUUCCUCUCUUCAGUCAGUAAAGGGCAAGGACAAAGAGUUUGGAGAAGGGUCAUUUGAACGCCUUAGGCCAGAGAUUCCCCUACCUAAAUCAUUGACUAAUUAA